AUGGGCGAGUCUUUUGGCGCUGAUUGGCGCUCCCGAGCCAUCCAAAAUGGACAUGGCCGGCGAAAACCAAGUGUCCAACGCCGAGCUCGCAAGCGCACUCUGUCGCCAAUACAACUGGGGCGCGCCCGAGCAGUUUUACCUCGGCGAGUUGGCGCACGGCCAGUUUGCGCGGUACAUAUUCCCGUUCGUGCUGGAUACGCGCCGGUGCCCUGUGAUGCGCGUGGUGCUCGAGUAUCUGGCGGCAUUCGAGUACAUGGCGCGGGCGGCCGUGGCGCUCGGCGCCUCGCUCGCGUACAAUGUUCUGCGCGACGCCCGCCACGACCGCAACCAGAAGAAAUACACCGCCGAGUGUAUGCGGUUGCUUGGCGCGGCCUUCGACAAUAUGGAGACAGGGCUGCUCCGGCACAUCGAGGGCCUUAUCUGGACGGUGUUGCUUUUGACGCUGCUCUUUUGCGACUUGCUUUACCCUGA